AUGGCUCCUCCUCACCAUCGGAUCAACCACAACCACCGCGACUACCGAGAUCGAAGCCGAAGCUACACCUCUCGGGCUCAAACGGGUGGCUCACAGGAUGAGGAUGUGGUAGCCGCCCAGCGGGCAGUUGACCAAGCCAUGGAACAGCAGCGCCAAGCUCAACACGCUGUUGAUGAAGCGAUGAAAUGGCAGCGAGAGGUUCAACGUGAAGUUGAUGAAGCCAUAAAACGGCAACAAGAAGUUCAGCGCGAAGUUGCUCGUCUGGAAAACCGUGCAGACUCGGGUGCACAUAGCCAAAGACGCCUUCAUCCCAGUCCCUAUGUUGCCAGCAAACGCAAAACCUCCGUUGCCCGUAAUCGCAACGUACCCUCCUUUCGCCAGGCCAGCAGACCAAUUGGCAUCACCAAGGCUUAA